GUCGGAGGCCGGAUGAUGGCAGGAGCUGGGGAAGAUUCGCGGGCGCUCUUCGGGGCUGGCGUCCGCGCGGCGCUGGAAGCCUGGCCGGCCUUGCAGGCUGGCUUCCAGGCUGACGUGGUGGGCUCGGGCCUAUGUUCGCAGAUCGCUGUGGAGAAUGGUUUCGGGGGCGUGCACAGCCAGGAGAAGGCCGAGUGGCUGGGGGGUGCAGUAGAGGAGUACUUUUUCCGCAAUGGAAGAAAGACUGCAGAUUUGAACCUACCUGCUUUCAAGCUAGUCAUCAUGAUGAAACACAGACACAAAAAUAAAAAACCAGGUAAAGGUUCCAAAGGCUGCAAGAAGCCUGCAAAGCAGAAUGGAAAGAAAGCAGCUUCCAAAGUGGCUUCUGCUCCCCAGUUUGUUCACUCCAAUGAUCAUGCCAGUCGGGAGGCUGAAUUAAAGAAGAAGAGGGUUGAGGAGAUGAGGGAGAAGCAGCAGGCUGCCCGGGAGCAAGAGAGACACAGGCGCAGGACUAUCGAGAGCUACUGUCAGGAUGUGCUGCAAUGCCAGGAGGAAUUUGAGCAUAAGGAGGAAGUUCUGCAGGAAUUAAAUAUGUUUCCUCAGUUGGAUGAUGAGGCAACAAGGAAGGCUUAUUACAAGGAGUUCCGUAAGGUGGUGGAAUACUCUGAUGUGAUUUUGGAAGUCCUGGAUGCCAGGGACCCAUUGGGCUGCCGCUGCUUCCAAAUGGAGGAGGCUGUCCUGCAGGCAGAAGGCAACAAGAAGCUCGUCCUGGUCUUGAACAAGAUUGACCUGGUCCCCAAAGAGGUUGUGGAGAAGUGGCUGGAUUACCUUCGGAAUGAGCUGCCGACCGUGGCUUUCAAGGCCAGCACACAGCAUCAGGUCAAAAACCUGAAUCGUUGCACUGUACCAGUGGAUCAGGCCUCCGAGUCACUGCUGAAAAGCAAAGCCUGCUUUGGAGCUGAAAACCUCAUGAGGGUUUUGGGGAACUAUUGCCGCCUUGGCGAAGUGCGCACUCAUAUCCGUGUGGGUGUUGUGGGUCUUCCUAAUGUUGGGAAGAGCAGCCUGAUCAAUAGCCUGAAGCGCAGCCGUGCAUGCAGUGUGGGAGCCGUUCCUGGUGUCACCAAGUUCAUGCAGGAGGUCUAUCUGGACAAGUUCAUCAGGCUGCUGGAUGCCCCAGGCAUUGUCCCAGGACCGAACUCAGAGGUGGGCACCAUCCUGCGCAACUGCAUCCACGUGCAGAAGUUGGCAGACCCCGUGACCCCGGUAGAGACCAUCCUGCAACGCUGUAACCUGGAGGAGAUUUCCAACUAUUAUGGCAUCUCUGGGUUCCAGACCACUGAGCACUUUCUGACUGCGGUGGCUCACCGCUUGGGGAAGAAGAAGAAAGGAGGCAUAUACAGUCAGGAGCAGGCAGCCAAAGCUGUUCUGGCUGACUGGGUGAGUGGGAAGAUCAGCUUCUAUACACUCCCACCUGCCACCCACACUCUGCCUGCCCAUCUCAGUGCUGAGAUCAUUAAGGAGAUGACCGAAGUCUUUGAUAUUGAGGAUACCGAGCAGGCCAAUGAAGACACCAUGGAAUGCUUGGCUACCGGAGAAGCAGAUGAACUGUUGGGUGACAUGGACCCGCUCGAAAUGGAGAUCAAGUGGCUCCAUUCUCCGAUGAUGAAAAUAGCAGAUGCCAUGGAAAAUAAAACCACUGUGUACAAGAUUGGAGAUCUCACUGGGUAUUGCACCAAUCCGAACCGACAUCAGAUGGGGUGGGCUAAACGCAACGUGGACCACCGCCCCAGGAACAACAGCAUGGUGGACGUCUGCCCUGUGGACCGCCGCCCAGUGCUGCAGAGGAUCAUGGAGACCGACCCCCUGCAGCAGGGCCAGGCUCUUGCAUCUGCCCUGAAGAAUAAGAAGAAGAUGCAGAAGCGUACUGAUAAACUCGCCAGCAAGUUGUCUGAUUCCAUGAUGUCUGUCCUCGACCUCUCUGGCAACGCUGAUGACAGUGCUGGUGACUGAUCGACUAAUCUCACCUUCUCCCCCCUGCCCCCCGUCCCUCCAAGCACCAGUUCCAGUGGGAUGGGGGAAUACAGAUGAAAUGGUGUGCUUCUCCCUGAAGUACCAGCAUAUUAAAAGAACUCUUCACCCACCGUGCCCCUUUUCACUCUCCCCUCCAUUUUUCCAAAAAAAAAGAGUCCCAAGUUGCUGGAACUAGCAAACCCCAUACCCUUUAUUUAACCCCAACUCUGUUUUACAAGAGAAGUAAAAUUACUGUCAGAUCC